ACAAAGGUGGUUUGUAAUAGCAGUCCUUCGAUAUUUUCCUCUUUUCCAGAUUCUGUGGUCUCCAGAGGCUCAGCAAAUGAUGUUAGAGUUGAGAAGUCCUCUGCACAUACGGAAGCCAAUAGUGAGAAUCCAGAGCCCUUGUCUCCCGGACUCACUCAGACCAAAGCCUGCAACUCGAAGAGCUAUCAUAAACAGUUGGCCGCCCUCAAUUGUUCUGUACGGGACUGGAUAGUCAAACAUGUCAAUGCCAACCCGCUCUGUGACCUGACCCCCAUCUUCCAUGACUAUGAGAGAUACUUGGCUGACAUAGAGCAACAGGGCUUUGAUGGCAACGGCAGCUCUGGAAGUGGCGGCGGCGGCAGCAAAGCCUCCGAAGCUCAGCCUCGCCCUGCGUUUGGGAGCACGAACCUCCCGCAGAGCUCCACGUUUUUCUUCAACAGCAGCAAAUUGGAGGAGGCCCCUGGGAAGAAAACGGAAUUGGAAAAGAAAACAGAACUCAAACCGGCAGCUGCCUCUUCCUCCUCCUCCACCACCACCUUGUUCAUUUUUGACAAAAGUGACAAAUCUGGUCCGGGUUCAGGGCCGACCGGGUCUGGAUUCUCAUUUUCCUCUGGAAAUGGAGGGUUGUUUGGCAAAGACGCAAGCCAGGCUAAGGUGGCUUCUUCCUUUUCCAAUAAUGCAUUAGACACUCCGGCCGAAAAGGCUGGCAACGCACAAGCAGGGGUUGAUGAAGAGGAGGAAGAGCCUCCCAAAGUAGUCAUUAAUGAAGUCAAAGAAGAGGACGCCUUUUACUCAAAGAAGUGCAAAGUCUUUUACAAGAAAGAUAACGAAUUUAAAGAAAAGGGAGUAGGAACGUUACAUUUAAAACCCUCCAGCAAUCAGAAGACUCAGUUAUUAAUAAGGGCAGAUACCAACUUAGGUAUGUGACUUUUCUUAAAAAUUGUUUUGCAAAAUACGUCUUUAUUAUAGGGUUUAGGCUUUUCAAAAAUCCAUGAAUUAUUGAUUGGCUAAAAACACAAUUUAAACCGUAUUAUGGAACAAACCCCCCACAAUUUAAAACAAUGGAAGUAUAACAAAAAGUAGCAAAACAUCCAAGGUGUCCUUAAA